UCAAUUAAGUCAACCAGUGGCGGCGACAACAUCAGCGCAUAGCCGAAUUUUUUAGGUCUGUAUAUUGUGAGUGCAGUGGUUGCAUGUGGUGUAGGGUAUCCCGUAUUCAGGCUGACCUAGUGUUUACAAACAUACAUAUAUGUGUGUAUAUGCUCUCAUUUCUUUAUGUAUCGCUGACAUUCAAAAUGUUGCUUACUUUCGUAUCGCAAGCCGGCAAAUUGGUCGUGAAACGUCGAAGUGAACGCGACGAGUGCUGCGUUUUGUAACUUAUAAAUUUUCAAUUAUCUAACAAUCGUAUAAUAAAGAAGCAAUCAGUGUGUUGGCAUUAAUGUGAGAUAAUGACAUCUUUAUAAGCCAACUUAACGAUUAGAUUAAACGCCUACUGGCUUGUCUGCAGGUCGACGGUUCCAAGAAGCGCACUUCGAGGUUCUAAAAUUAAACAAGUGUAAAAGCAUGCAAAAAAAAUACACUGCAUAUUCAUUCAAAUCGAACGCAGCGGAUUGCUGAUGUAGAUGAUUAAAAUAACAGCAUUCUAUAGCAUAAUACGUGUUGUGUGACCGUUACAUUGCCGUGCAUUACGUGACGUUAAGUUACGUUACGUCUAACAGUUAAGAAAUGAAGGAAUGGCUAAAAAUCUCGUGCCUGCUCUGCGUAUUUGGCUUCGUUCGAGAAAUUCGACCCUCUGAGCCGUACGUAACAGAAUAUCUUCUUGGUCCAUGGCGUAACAUAACAGAGCAACAACUUACACAAGAUGUUUAUCCGGUGGGCACUUAUUCACAUCUGGUUCAAUUGGUUUUUGUGUUUCUUAUAACCGACUUUUUACGCUAUAAACCUUUGAUAAUUACCAUUGGUGCAGCUGGCGUAAUAAUAUGGAGCAUGCUCAUUUGGACAACCAGUUUGCUAUCCUUGCAAAUUUUGGAGUUCUUCUAUGGCACGUAUAUGGCCGCCGAGGUGGCUUACUAUACGUACAUUUAUGCCAAGGUGGACAAAAAGUAUUAUCCACGCGUCACCUCCCACACCCGUGCUGCGAUGUUCGCUGGCAAACUGAUCUCUGGGAUAACAUCUCAGUUGAUGAUCAAUCUGGAGCUGAUGAACUACAGGCAACUCAACUACAUAACGCUAGCCACACAAAUAUUGGCUAUGCUAUGGGCGUUCGGACUGCCAAAAGUUGAUAAGAGUCUCUAUUUUCAUCGCGCGCCACUCAGAGAGUCGUCAACGGCGGCUCCUCAAUCAAAUCAAUUGCAGCUGGAGCCCGAUCGGGUCAGCCAACAGAUGAGCAGCCCGCAGGUGCAAUCUAGUCCCAUGCAUCUGCUGUGGCAACACUUUCACAAUGCCUACACAAAUCCGCGUGUUGUACAGUGGAGUCUCUGGUAUGCCAUUGGCCUGGCCGGCUAUCUGCAGGUCACCUACUAUAUGCAGGUGCUAUGGAAGUUUAUCGAGCCCGAGCCGCAGAUUGCGUGGAAUGGUGCCGUGGAUGCUGUGCUGACUGCCUUAGCAGCAUUAAGUGCUCUGGCUGCUGGAUAUUUGCACAGCGGUCGCUUAAGGCCAAGAGCCAGUUUGCUGGUGCUCUCAGUGCUAUCGGCGCUGGAAGGUAGCAGUGUUCUUAUCUGUUGCUGGACCAAUGACAUAUAUUGGUCCUAUGUGGGUUUUGUCAUAUUUGGAGGACUCUACGGCUUUACUAUUACUGUGGCCAGCGCGGAGGUGGCUCGUAAUCUGCAGGAGGAAAGCUUUGGUCUGGUCUUUGGUAUCAACACGUUGCUCGCUUUGGUCUUCCAGUCGCUGCUCACCGUUAUUGUCGUCUCCGAGACGGGCUUUGAACUUAACCCCGUGGACCAAUACGCGGUCUAUGCGUUCUAUUUCAUAGCUGUGGCCAUCAUAUACUUUAUAUCUGUGUUGGUUGAGCAUAUAUGGCAGCGCGGAUUGCAGGAGGUCCACACAAAAACUGAAAAUUUAGAAUAGAUUUUAGAGGUAUAUCGUCGUAUUAGCGAGUUUUUUAGAUAAAUUCUUAUUAGCAUUCCUUCGGUAAGCAGAACCUAUACAAUUUUUUCAAUCAUUUUCAUUUUAUUUAAUACUAUAAUGAUAUGUUAUACUAUAUGAUAUGUUAUUAUAAAUAUUUAGAGCUUCUAUAUAUUGGUUUAGGUUAAAAUCAUUUCGUUGAAGCUUAUUGUACUUAAUAGUUCUCGUUGUCAAGUUAUACCAACUAGCAGUAUAUAGAAACGAAAAUACGAAUGCAAGG